UGCCGGGGCGCGGGGCCGCGGGAUGGAGCCGGAGGCGCGGGGCGGCGGCGCGCGGCCAAGGGCUGCUUGCGGGCCGCGCGGCUGAGCGGGCCCCGCCGAGGGGCCCCGGGCCCUCAGACCAGCGUGGAGGCGGCGCCCAGGAAGUGUAUCACCUUCAGGAGAUGGCCUCUUCUAAGUCUUUGAUGAACCUUCUAACCUUCACUUUUGGAUCAGCAAUAGGAUUUUUCGUAUGCUAUCUUCUGUUCAGCAUUAUUCUAGAAGAACAGGUUAAGAUCCAGCCUCAUAUCCUUCACAAUGAUCCACAUGGUCAACACUCGGCAGAUACCGAUAACAAUCAGCUGCAAGGACAAAUGAAUUUCAAUGCAGACUCUGGACAGCAUAAAGAUGAGAAUAAAAAUAUUGCAGAAGGACUAUAUCAGAAAGUAAAAAUACUGUGUUGGGUUAUGACUGGACCUCAAAAUCUAGAAAAGAAAGCCAAGCACGUUAAGGCCACUUGGGCCCAACGUUGUAAUAAAAUACUUUUUAUGAGCUCUGAGGAAAAUAAAGACUUCCCAACUGUGGGCCUAGAAACCAAAGAAGGCAGAGACCAACUGUACUGGAAGACUAUUAAAGCUUUUCAAUAUGUAUAUGACCAUUAUUUUGAUGAUGCUGAUUGGUUUAUGAAAGCAGAUGAUGAUACAUACGUUAUAUUGGACAAUUUGAGAUGGCUUCUUUCAAAAUACAAUCCUGAACAACCAAUAUACUUUGGAAGAAGGUUUAAGCCUUACGUUAAACAGGGCUACAUGAGUGGAGGAGCUGGAUAUGUUCUAAGCAAAGAAGCUCUGAAGAGAUUUGUUACUGCAUUUAAAACAAACAAAUGCUCUCACAGUUCCUCUAUUGAAGACCUAGCACUAGGAAAAUGCAUGGAGAUCAUUAAUGUGGAAGCAGGAGAUUCUAGGGAUACAAGUGGUAGGGAAACUUUUCAUCCCUUCGUUCCAGAACAUCACUUAAUCAGAGGAUACCUACCAAAAACAUUCUGGUACUGGAAUUAUAAUUAUUAUCCUGCUGUAGAGGGUCCUGGGUGCUGCUCCGAUCUAGCAGUUUCAUUCCACUAUGUUGAUUCCGUGACUAUGUAUCAUUUGGAAUAUUUGAUUUAUCAUCUCCGUCCCUAUGGGUAUUUGUAUCGGUACAAUCCUGAUUUGGCGAAGAAUCCAGAAGAUCAGAGCAAAAAUGAAGCACUGGAAGGUAUUGAAAAGCUAAAGCAAAAAAUUUCUGAGAAGUAAUUGGACUUCAAAGAAAACUAAAAGAAGCCAGUGCAAUGAAUAAGAGUCUCCUCAAACUCCUCCUGCAUGAAGCUUUUGGACUAAAAUUACUCAUGGUGAUUCUUAAUUCAAAAAUCAUGUUGGCAGUACUUCCUGUCACUGUCUGUAUACAACAGAGUCUGGUGCUGGCUCUGACUGUUCCGGAUAGUGUGAUCUUGUGGCCCUACUCAUGAAGAUUUGGGGCCCCAAAGCUGUGAAGUAGAAGGUUGUUCUUGUACGCUAAUCUGGAAGAAUUUGUGUAAAAAACAUAGUUGGUGGGUUCAAAAAUAAUCAUGCGGUACUUCUGUUCCUUUUUCUGUUCUCCUCUGUUGCCUUCCAGAUGUUCUGUUAGGUCAGUUCUGAUACUAGAAACUGGAUGCUGCAUUGUCAAAUACUUCGUGAUGGCUUUCUCUAGUAUUCUUGAUAUCUUGAAGUUGCUUUGUGUACCUUGCCCUACAAGAAAGGGAGAGGUGUGAAAAUAGAAUCUCAAGUCUGCUUUGCCUUAAUGACAGACUGGUUAUUAUAAAUAGGCAGAGAUCCACCCAAAAGAUUAAUCUGAAUUAUUUCAGUAAUUGAAAUCACUGCUAUGAAUUAUUUUAAAAAUUUUUAAGUCUCUGUUGCAUAAAACAAUAUGAAGUUGGAUCACUACUGUUUUAGGGAGAAACACAGAAAUAGUUACUAUUGUUUAAAUUGCUGAGGUGAUACAAGCUGCUUACAUAUUUGCCUGUGGGUUCUCUUUGGGUUUUUUUUAUAUUAACUUAUGCUUUUGGUUGAAUGGAUAUAAAAUUUCAUCUGAGACUUUCUCAGCAUGAAAUAAAGCAGGUGCUUUUUGAAGUAGAAGUCUCUCUUCCAUCAUACUUUCCAUGUAAAUCAGAAAGAAUAGUAUCUUAGCAAAGUUACAGUAGCAUUAUAAAAAUUUGGUUUCAGCCAGCGUUAUAAUUAGUUUGUUUCCAUGAAAAUUUCACAUUGCUAUACAAACAAGUCCCUUUUUAAAACUGCAACAAAGCCAAUUUGACUGCUUCCCUACACAUCUACUUUAUUUGGCUAAAGUACUUAAUUUUAUUUUUCUGAAUAUAUUUUUCCUCCCACUUUUAACAUUUGUUCUGUAUCUGCUUCUUGUUAACUUUUUCAGAACAAAGUUUUGAAUGAUCCUUAUUUCACUCUUUUUGAAGCUGAAGUGUAUAGUUCUUUGGGUAGACCAGACUGAAUGCAGGAAUCUUUCAAAGUGCAUUAACUUUCUCCACUACUUGAUGUGUAUCUCUAGCUCUUAACAGAAAACACUUUUCCUGGUGUAGGACAAAAUAAGUAUUUCAUUACUGAGAAAUUUGCAGAGGCCAAACCUAUGUUUUACAUAGCUAAUUUAAAACUUUCUGAUUUUCUCUCUUUCAGAUUGAGUGAAUAGAAGUGUGGGGGACGGGGUUAGGCUUGUCAUGUAUGUCUUUAUUCCACACUUGAGCAAAUGUUUCUUCAUUUUUUUUUAUCACUUUUCAACCUUCAUCAUAUUGAUGAAUUUGGACAUAACCUAAUUACCUCCAGUCAUUGUUUUGCAAAGGGCACAUACUGGUAGCAGACAGCCUUAUUUACUACUGCUGUCCUUCAGGAUGUUUCUGGAAGAAUAUGUUACUAUAAAGUACUGGAAUUUUUUUCCAAAGGUAGCGCUUGUAGAGGUUGGGGGUUAUAUCUGUUGUCCAACAGUAAAGAGUCAUGCUUUCCUUUCUGACCAUUGCUCUGCAGCAUGAUGGUGAUUACUGAUAAUUCUCAUGCAGUUGAAAUAUUAUAUGUGUCUUCUCUGCCUGAAUAUAGGCUGGGUUCAUAUAUGAAGUAUUAGUUAAACAAUUAGUUCCUGCAGGGUUAAAUCUGUUGGUCUUUUAUGAGCAUGACUGCCUCUGAAGUACUGAAAGGGACACGAGCUUUAUUCUAUGUUAGUUCACUUAAGCAGAAAAUUAUAACUGUAUUUGUUUAAAAAAGGAAAAAGUCUCCAGGUUGGUCUAAUAGAGGGAUGUUUCUCCAGAGGAGAAUGGAAGGUGCCGUGCUGGGAGGUGCUUCCUUCUGUGAGCUAGUUGCUUAUCCCAUGUGCAGCACAAACCAAUAAUAUUGCAAAAUCCAUAUCAUAUUGAUAACUCCAGUGGCAUUGUUCAACAUGCACUUAAAAUUUCCCAGAAUAUUUAUGGAAGUUAUAAAAUGAAAUCAGGAUCCCAACUCAAUCUCUUUGUAAAUUCAGCC